GGAGAGAGGGAGGGGGCGGGGGAGAGAGAGAGGGGAGAGAGAGAGAGAGCUGCGUGGUUUGUCAGCUGUCUGUGUUCUGAGGGGAGCCAGGAUGGAGCGGAUGGAGUCGAUGGAGCCGAUCUCGGCGCACUACACCACGGCUUACCCUGAGAUCCAUCCCGAUAGCGGCUACGAAUCCAGAGAGGCGGCCGACAGCCAGGCAAAGACCCCCCCCGCUCCGACAUAUGACGAGGAAUUAGUGCACAAGACAAUCCUGGUCGGGGACAGUGGAGUGGGAAAGACGUCGCUGUUGGUGCAGUUUGAUCAGGGAAAGUUCAUCCCCGGCUCCUUUUCUGCAACAGUGGGCAUUGGAUUCACGAAUAAAGUGGUGACUGUUGACGAUGUAAAGGUCAAACUACAGAUUUGGGACACAGCAGGACAGGAGCGGUUCAGAAGUGUGACACAUGCAUAUUACAGAGAUGCACACGCUUUGCUCCUCCUGUACGACAUCACCAGCAAAACCUCCUUUGACAACAUAAGGGCAUGGUUGACAGAGAUCCAUGAGUAUGCACAGAGCGAUGUAGUCAUCAUGUUGCUGGGCAACAAGGCUGACAUGAGCAGCGACAGAGCCAUCCGGAGAGAGGAAGGAGAGCGCCUUGCCAGAGAGCAUUCAGUUCCCUUCAUGGAGACAAGUGCCAAGACAGGAGUCAACGUAGAGCUGGCCUUCACUGCUGUGUCCAAGGAACUGAAGCACCGGGCCAUCCAACAUCCCAGUCAACCCAAGUUCCACAUUCAUGAAUACAUUGAAGCACAGAAGGAGAAAUCCGGCUGCUGCAGCAGCUACUUCUGAGUCUGUGUGGGAGGAAGCCCGAUAAACUACCGCUGCUCCCAAAAUACACCAUGACGCUGCCAUUCACUCCGGACUGAAAGCCAGAGGGAGAAACCGAGCUUUAGCCUCACAGAACCACGGUUCCUCUGACUGUGGACAGUUUACACAGCACCUGAACAUUUGUUAUAGAAAUGCCAACAAAUAGUAUAAAAAGUAUUUGAAUUUGAUUAAAUAACCUUAUGCUAUUUGCUUUUUUUGUGAAAGAUCAUAACCACCCUUGUGUAUGUGUGUUAGGUACAAACCAAACAGCUUGGCUGGUUCGGUCCGAAGUCUGAAAAUACUCCUCACCCCCCAGAACUCUUAAAUGCCAAUAACCACUAACGAUGGGCUGACCAAUCAUUAGUGGGAGUUACAUGCUCUGACAAUUAUUAUAGCUUAUAGCUUAGCAUGCUCAGCUAGUCUAACUACAUCUCGCUCACUCACACUGAUUUGUUUUUGCCUUUUAUAGAUGUCAGACUAAAACUAGUAUUUCUACCUGCUGAUUUACCAAUAAAUCAAUGCUGAUGUAAAACAAGAACGUUACAGACCCCAGUUAGCAUAAGAGGAAGAAAGUGAAAACAACAUCCAUCCAUACACCACUGGCAUACGCCAGCAGAGCACACAGUCUUAAGGCACACUUAGUUUAAGUCCCACAUUGUUCCACCUGAAGUGUCAUGCAGUCUACCAGGGGAUCCAGACAUGGACCAAACACUGUGCCAUGGAUGCAAUCCAAAGCCAAGUCCAUGAAGAAAAGCCCGGUCUGUUUAUGACACAGUCAGGCUGGGACAUUCUUGACAAACUGUUGUGGAGACGCGACAGUCGGCUGCCGGGACUCAAGAAAACGUUUUGGUCACCUGAAAUGUGUCUCUGGAGGAGUCCUGCAUGAUCCACCAUGAUCUGGGGCCAGAGGUCCGAUGUGGUCCUUCAUGUAGGAAACAUCUCUGUACAUAAUGGAUUUGUGAGAGUGAGCAGAUUUUUGAAAAAGGUUUUUGACAUGUUGGCUGCAUUAUUUCCCUCCCAGUAUAUAAAAUGUAUUUUGCUUUAAUGCCUAGAUUAUGGACUUUGAAGCUUUGUUGCAUGUUUGCUGGACUGCACGUCCCAACUCUUUGGCAGUACCUCCAGAACAUAUUAAACUGUUAAUAUUUGUAAGAAGACCAACAUAGUACAAACCAAUAAUUAGAAUUUCUCUUCAGAUUUAAACUCAACUCUCAGGGUACAUUUUAAUUUUUUUUUAAAUA